UUUGUUUAAUUUUUUUUCCCCCUUCCAGCAGCAGCCAUAACAAAAUCCGUCCAUGUGAAGAAGUGAGUGUCAUCAAAGGUGGAGUCAGAGUACAAAGAGGAAGGAACCUCCAUUUGACACUGCCUGACUAAUCUCAGCAGUGUAUCACUCAUUAUUCUGCACAGGAUUAAAGGACACUGAAGACCAUAAAAGUUUGAUUAAGAAGAAAAAAUGCCGAGAAAGAACGUAGACUAUGGACUGCUGCCUGAGUAUGAGAAGAGCCAGAUUAAAAGGACCUUGGAAUUGGGAACUGUUAUGACAAUAUUCAGUCUUAAGAAGGGUAGCCCAGAAAGGAGGACUAUUCAAGUCAUAAUGGAAACCAGGCAGGUAGCAUGGAGCAAGACAGCUGACAAGAUUGAAGGUUUCUUGGAUCUGAUGGAAAUAAAAGAAAUUCGCCCAGGAAAGAAUUCAAAGGACUUUGAACGUUGCAAAGCAAGGCACAGAGAAGAACACUGCUUUACUGUUUUUUAUGGUACCCAGUUUGUCCUCAACACCUUAAGUUUAGCAGCUGACUCUAAAGAUGAUACUGAUAAAUGGUUGUGUGGCUUGAAUAUCUUGUAUCAAGAGGUCAUGACUGCUCCCACACCUGCUAUCACAGAGAGCUGGCUGAGAAAGCAGAUCUAUUCUGUUGAUCAAACUAGAAAAAAUAGUAUCAGUCUUAGAGAGCUGAAAACUGUCCUUCCCCAGGUAAACUUCAAAGUGAGCAGCGUGAAGUACUUGAAGGACAAAUUUGCGGAAAUAGGCGCUCACAAGGAAGAGCUUACUUUUGAACAAUUUCAUUUGUUCUACAAGAAAAUCAUGUUUGAACAACAGAAAUUGAUUCUUGAUGAAUUCAAAAAGGAUUCCUCUGUUUUCAUUCUUGGAAAUACUGACCGUCCAGAUGCUUCAGCAGUUCACCUCCAUGACUUCCAGAGAUUCCUGCUACACGAGCAGCAGGAAUCUUGGGCACAGGAUCUCAAUAAAGUCCGAGAACGGAUGACGAAGUUUAUUGACGACACUAUGAGAGAAACUGCUGAACCUUUCCUCUUUGUUGAUGAGGUGAGAUAAUACCUAUUUGCAAAAGAAAACAGUAUUUGGGAUGAGAAAUAUGAUUCAAUAGAUGUGCAGAACAUGAAUAAUCCUUUGUCCCACUACUGGAUUUCUUCCUCUCAUAACACAUACCUGACAGGAGACCAGCUUCGCAGUGAAUCCUCCACAGAAGCUUACAUCAGGUGCCUCAGGAUGGGAUGUCGAUGUAUUGAGUUGGAUUGCUGGGAUGGUCCUGAUGGGAAACCCAUCAUUUACCAUGGGUGGACACGGACAACAAAGAUCAAAUUCGAUGAUGUAGUUCAGGCAAUCAAAGACCAUGCCUUUGUUACAUCUGAAUACCCAGUCAUUCUGUCAAUUGAAGAGCACUGCAGUGUGGAGCAGCAGCGACACAUGGCCAGAGUGUUCAAGGAGGUGUUUGGGGAUCAGCUUUUGAUGAAGCCUGUUGAAGCCAGUGCAGAUCAGCUCCCAUCACCAACCCAGUUGAAAGAAAAAAUCAUCAUCAAGCACAAAAAACUGGGGCCAAAGGGAGACAUUGAUGUGAACUUGGAAGAAAAGAAAGAAGAAAAGAAGCAACAAGGAGAACUUUACAUGUGGGACACAAUAGAACAGAAAUGGACUCGGCACUACUGUGCUAUUGCUGAUGAAAAACUUUCAUUCAGUGAUGAUAUAGAACAAAGUGCUGAUGAAGAUUCAUCAAAGGAGGUGAAACGAACUGAACUGCACUUGAAAGAGAAAUGGUUCCAUGGGAAAAUGAAAGGGGGGAGAACAACUGCUGAGAAACUGCUCCAGGAAUAUUGUGCUGAAAUGGGUGGCAAGGAUGGGACAUUCCUGGUCAGGGAAAGUGAAGCUUUCCCUGACGAUUACACCUUGUCAUUCUGGAGGUCAGGCAGAGUCCAGCACUGCCGGAUCCGUUCCACCAGUGACGGGGACACUGUGAAAUAUUACCUGACAGACAACCUCACCUUUGACAGCAUCUAUGAUCUCAUCCAACACUACAAGGAGGCCCACCUGCGAUGUGCUGAGUUUGAGCUGCGCCUCACCGACGCUGUGCCCAACCCCAGCCCUCACGAGACCAAAGAUUGGUAUUAUAACAACUUGAGUCGGGGUGAGGCAGAAGACAUGCUCAUGCGAAUUCCUCGGGAUGGAGCCUUUCUCAUUAGAAAGAGAGAUGAGCCUGAUUCUUUUGCCAUGACUUUCAGAGCGGAGGGGAAGGUGAAGCACUUCCGAAUCCAGCAGGAGGGGAGGCACUUUGUGCUGGGAACCUCAGCCUACUUUGAGAGCUUGGUGGAGCUGGUGACCUACUACGAGAAGCACCCACUGUACAGGAAGAUGAAGCUGCGCUACCCUGUGACAGAGGAGCUGCUGGAGCGCUACAGCACGGAAAAAGAUAUUAAUUCCCUCUAUGAAGUCAAGAUGUAUGUGGAGCCCAGUGAAAUCACCCCCACAGUGCCUCAGAGAACAGUGAAAGCCUUGUAUGACUACAGAGCCAAAAGGAGUGAUGAACUGAGCUUCUCUCGAGGAGCUUUAAUUCAUAAUGUCACAAAGGAAACUGGAGGCUGGUGGAAGGGGGAUUAUGGAGAAAAAGUCCAACAUUAUUUUCCAUCUAAUUAUGUUGAAGAUCUGUCAUCUGAUAACUCUGCUGAGCUUGAAAAUCAGAUCAUUGAGGACAACCCACUGGGCUCUCUGUGUCGUGGCAUCCUGGUGCUCAAUACAUACAACGUUGUGAAAAUGCCACAAGGAAAACACAAAAAGCCUUUUGUCUUCAUUCUGGAACCUAAGAAUCCAGAAGAUCCAUGUGUUGAGUUUGCAACUGAUAAAGUAGAAGAACUCUUUGAAUGGUACCAAAGUAUCCGUGAGAUCACUUGGAAAACAGCAGAAGAGGAGAACAGGAGGAAAUACUGGGAAAAGAAUCAGUUAAUUGCUAUUGAAUUAUCUGAUCUAGUAAUCUACUGCAAGCCAACAAGCAAAACCAAGGACAAUUUAGACAAUCCUGAUUUCAGAGAAAUCCGUUCUUUUGUGGAAACCAAGGCAGAGAGCAUCGUUAAGCAAAAGCCACUGGAGUUGUUGAAGUACAACCUGAAGGGCCUGACCCGUGUCUAUCCCAAAGGACAGAGGGUUGACUCAUCCAACUAUGACCCAUUUCGCCUCUGGUUUUGUGGCUCCCAGAUGGUGGCUCUGAACUUCCAAACUCCAGACAAAUACAUGCAAUUGAACCAUGCCUUGUUUUCCCUGAAUGGACGCACUGGCUACGUGCUGCAGCCAGAGAGCAUGAGAAAUGAGGAGUAUGACCCAAUCCCAAAUGACUCCAAGAGGAAAUUGCAGAUGAUUAUGACAGUGAGGGUUUUAGGUGCUCGUCAUCUCCCUAAACCUGGUAGAAGCAUCGCCUGUCCCUUUGUAGAGGUUGAAAUUUGUGGGGCUGAAUAUGAUAACAACAAAUUCAAGACAACAGUUGUGAAUGACAAUGGCCUUAAUCCAAUUUGGGCACCUUAUGCAGAGCAAGUGAAAUUUGAAAUUUACGACCCUAAUCUGGCAUUCCUGCGCUUUGUUGUUUAUGAGGAGGAUAUGUUCAGUGAUCCCAACUUCUUAGCACACGCCACUUUUCCCAUCAAAGGAAUCAAAUCAGGUUUUAGGUCAGUUCCUCUCAAGAAUGGCUACAGUGAAGAUAUAGAGCUGGCCUCGCUUCUGGUGCACUGUGAGAUGCAGCAAGUUCUGGAAAGCGAAGAGGAGCUUUAUUCCUCGUGUCGACAGCUUCGGAAGCGCCAGGAGGAGCUGAAUACCCAGCUGUUCCUCUAUGACACCCACAUGAACCUGAGGAAUCCCAACAGGGAUGCUAUACUGAAAGAAUUCAGCGUCAAUGAACACAAACUACAGAUUUAUCAAGAGACUUGCAACCGCAGAUUAAAGGAGAAGAAAGUCAGUAACAGCAAAUUCUACUCUUAAAGCCCAUCAGUCUUUGAUGUGUGCUUUAUGGUGCAAUUCAGGAAGACAUGAAUUCACCCUGGUCAUCCUACUCAGUGACGGUCUCAUCAGGUGGAAUGACUGGAAGAAGAGCAGGAAGAGGAAAUACAGAUUUCCUUUAUAAUUUCUUCUUCUAAGAAAAACUGUUUUAAUACCUAAUAAUUUAUAUUCUGUACAAAGCAAACCCUCUGUGCAGGCCAGAACUUCUGUGUACUCAAGAUUUUUAAAACUUGAGUAUGUGUAGUUGGAUGGACCUCACUUCUCAUUAUCAGUACCUGAAGUACAAAUCAUCUCCUGUGUGUACACAGGCUGUAGAUAAGACAGUCACAACAAUUUGCAUGCAUGGAAUCACACCACUUUAACAACCUGGCUCCUCAAGAUUAACUAGUAGUGCAUUUUUAAUUUAUUAAAUGCUGUAAAAGCACUUCCACGCUGGCAUUGUCACGUCAUGUAUGUUACAGUCCUCGAGACAGCAGAUUGUGCUGCUGAUGCUGUAUAAAAUAUUUUGGGCAGCUAUUGUCUCUUAUUAAAAAUUUUCUGUUACAUUUUCGAGAACAAGAUAUGCUAAUUUUGUUGAAAGCAAAUAUCCUCUGGGACUGUAGUUGUGUUUUUCUUGUUGAACUCUCUUUAAAGGUUUAAGAAAGGAGAAAUGUGUGAACCUCUAUUCGUAGCCCCUGUGAACUUCUGUUCACAGCCUCGAGGCACUGGAAGGAAAAGAUAUGCAGUAGGAGAUAUCUGUUUGUUUGCAGAAAGGGAAGGUAUUUAAAAUUCUGAGAAGCACUUACUUUUGUACAGUAUCAUUUCUGCAAAUCCUUUCAGCUGCUAAUGUGCUUAGAAAUGAAUUUUUAAAUGAACUGUCAAUUUUUAAUCUUGCAAUCCUGUGUAGACGAUAGUCAUAUGAUAGUGUUCUGUAAAUGUAGACCGUUUUCCCAAAACGUAACUAAUCCAAGAAUGAUAGUGUGCACAAAUAUAGAGGUACAUCCUUCUGGUGCCUUUAAUCAAAUCAAGAACAUGAAGCUGCAGAUGAGAAUACUUGUUAGAUUAGCAAGUGUAUCUUCCUGCAAGAACAGAGCUAAAGGCCUUUGAUGGAAUAUUUAACAGCUCUUGUCAUAAUUUGUGUAUGUGUUGGUCCUUUGUGCUAGCGCUGUAUUGAUACCAUCAAAUUCCAGGUUGUCUUACCUCUACAUGGGAUGAGUUUUGCUGUCUGUAUUCCCAACUUUAACGUUCAAAUGUGUGCAAAGUUUAGUUUUCAGAGUGACUGCCUGAGGCACAAAAUGCUGCUUCCACAGAGCUGUACUUCUGAUCACAGAGGACUCACACGGAUUUGGGAUUCAUGGCCUGCUGCAGCUGCCUCAGCAUUUUCAAUUUCUCUUGCUCCCCACACUGUGACUUCUGUUGUUUCAAGAAGCGCUUAAUUGAUGCCAUUGUGCAUUCACAGAUGAUGGUUUGAGGAACCCCCUUGAGGUUUUAGCUAUUCUGUAAAGACAGUCUUGUCUCAGAGAUGAAAGUGUUAUAAUAGUGUAUCCCACAAUGGGGUGGCUCUGUAAAUUUUUUAUUAUAAAGGAAUUAAUUACUAAUCACCCAACUGAAAAUGAGAGAAGUUAAUGUCAAUUCUCUGCUUUUCAUCCUCCUUCCUGAAAACUAUUCAGUACCCAGCUGUGAUUGACUUGUUCAAGGAUUAGAUGGGUGUAAACCCUGCUCAAACAAAAAAAAAAAUAAAAAUAAUCACAUCAGCUGUGGAUUUGGGAGGUGGAGCUAUAACUCAGCCUGCUGUGUAGAGCUGAUUUUAAAUUCAUUAUCCAGGUCUGGAUUGUUCUGCCUGUCAGAAUUCUUUUUUAAGCUCAGUUCCAGAGCAGACCCAACCAAAUUGUCCACUUGUCCUGGCUUCCUCCACUGGUGUCUUGGACACAGCCACUGUGUCAUGGACACAGGAGUCCCUCAUGCUGCUCUUGUGCAAAUAUUUAAGAAAUAGCUCAUUUUGUAGUCCUUUGAAAGGUCCUGUGCACAUUCUUCCCUCAUGCAUAAUGUCAGGAGUUGUAAGAGGCACAUCAGUAUUUAUGUAAAUGCAUUUUGUUUUACAGUAAGACUUUUCCCCAGACUAUGAUGUUAGUGUGCAGAAUGAAAAUACUGCGCUGAAGUGACUCUUCUGCUGACUUGCACGUGGUGGGCAAGGCUAUGUUCUAACUCUUCUCCUGUUUCUUGCUUUCUGUGUUUUAUCUCCAAGACCUCACUUCCCAGUUCUUCCCUGGGGCAGACUGUGUAGCGACUUUAUCACAGUUGCAACUGUUUGAGUAUGAAAGUAGGUUUGAAUGCAUGUGCUAAUUUUGUUAAUCCAGGAGGGAAAACAUUUAUAAAUUUUUAAAGUUAACAAUUGUUAAAUUGUUAUAUUCUUAGAGAAAGUGUUUAAAAUCAUUGGAAUAACUUAUUUUAAUAAAUAAUUUUUGAUAUCUCAAAUUGACGUGAAUGAUGCCAGGUUUGUUUAAGCAUCGCUCAUGGAAUUUCAUUACUUUUGCCAGUCAUUUGAGGCAGUGAGUUCUUAUUGGAAAGUGAUCUGCUAGUGUGGUAUGGUGUGCUCUGCUAGAGGUUGGAAGAAGGGCAUUUCUGUGUAUUUAAGAUGAACUGACUUAAUGAUUAUUUGUUUCAGUAGACAUGGUUAUCACGGCACUUCCUUUGGCUCCAAAACAGAGGCAUAAGGAAAAGGUCAAAGAUCGAGUUUAACUUGUGACUCCAAACCAACCUUUUUCAGUAAGAGGCAGAUACAAACUCCAGCUCUAGUGAGAAUCAGAUUUGUAUGAGUUUGAACAAUAAAAUCUGAGCAAGGCAAAGAUUAAAUUUGUGGUAAUUUGAAAGAAGAGUAAUAUUGAUGUUAAAAAAAAAAUUCUGUCAGAACACUUUCUGCCUGUGAGGUUGCAUGGGGAGAACUGCUACUUGGUGAAUGUUCUGUCUUUAUGUGGUGAUUUUUUUAAUUGUUGGGAGUCUUGGGAACAAAAUUUUUCUCAUUUUUUGAUCAAAAUUACAUCCUUAUUAAACAUGAAUCCGUA